CUGAACGUCUUCCCAUCACACAAGAAAUUAUCCUUCCCUCCUUUCCCUCACACAAUACAAUUCCCUUCAUUUUUUCCCAUUCUCUUUCUCAUUCUUUAAUCUUAAAUUUCUACAUUUUCUUUCUUCUUUCACAUGGAUAUCAUCAUACCUCCCUGCAUUCAUACAUCCUUUAUACGACUUACGGAGACUAAAGAGAGUCGCUGUGAAGAAUGUGGAGGGCAAAUCUCUGGUACUGCCUUUACUUGUAUUUGGUGCAAGGUCUGGAAGCACAUUUCCUGUGCGGAUAAACUGAAUCGUGAUCUGCCUCUUGAGAUUAUUCACCCCCUCCACUUGCAACACCGACUUCAACUACAAUGGGAUUAUUUUAGCGAUUUUAUUUGUGAUAAAUGUUUGUAUCUAUCUACUGGCUGUGUAUACAAAUGUUCUUCAUGUGAUUUCAGUCUUGAUCUCACAUGUGGUUCUUCGAUCAGUGGUCAGCUGCCUAAAGAUCAAGAGCCAUUGAGAUUUAAAGAUGGAAAGAAAAAGACAAUCUUCCACUACAGCCACCGUCACGAGCUGGGCUUCUUCAAAUAUAGGAAGGUACGCGAAAAAGACUAUGAUUGUUUUUGGUGUGAAAAACAUCUACUGCCAUCAGAAGUGUGCUAUGGUUGUACAAUACAUGAGUUCUAUCUCCAUCAGGUGUGCGGUGAUAAGAUACCCAGGAGACUUUCUGAUCAUUGUUUUCAUCCUAAGCACCCUCUUCGCUUAACCUAUACAUACGAAAAUCGUAAAUGCAAUGUUUGUUCAGAGAAGUGUGAUACUGCUACCCCUUUGUACGUGUGCGAGAUUUGUAGCUUCCGUCUUGAUUUUCACUGCGCUAAACUCUCGCCUUCCCUAAAACUUGACUGCCACCAUCACCUUCUCACUUUUUUCGAAGAUUUUAAUCAGAGAGGUGAGGAAGGGCAAGAUUCAUAUUGCAAAGCAUGUGGCAAGCAUUGUGAUGGUGCUAGCGUUUAUCGCUGUGUGCAAUGCCACUUUAGUCUCCAUUUGAAAUGUGUUGUACCAUCUUCAGCUACGCAUAAAUAUCACAGACAUCCACUUACCAUGAUGAAAUUGAUCAAAGAAGAUGAUUCUGAAAAAUAUUAUUGUGAUGUUUGUGAGAAUGAAAGAAAUCCGAAAGAUCCCGUGUAUUAUUGUCGAAGUUGCACAUUCAUAGCUCAUAUUCAAUGUGUACUUGAUCAGGAUAAAGUUGCAUCGGGAAAGCUCCCAUCCUCCUCAAACCCGCCCAUGGAAAACAAAGUUUUGUUUGUGGAGCAGAAUGAAGGGAGUCAUGUCAUCCGCACUCUGAGUUUGUUUCGACCUAUCAUCCACCCUCACCAGAUGUAUGAAGUAACUGAAGAGUUAAAAGGAGAAAAUUAUUGCAGCGGUUGUCGUAUGGUACUUAAUGGUUCAAGCUACUUCUGCAAGACAUGUCCUGAUUUUUACCUACAUGAAAAAUGUGCUAAAUUGUCAUAUGAGAUACGACACCCUUUUCAUUCUAGCCACCCUCUUAACCUCUAUACUUCUAGGGGUCCUCAGUUAAUUGCAUGUGAAGAGUGUAGAGACAUUUGUGAUGGCUUCAUAUACUUUUGCGAGCAGUGUAAUUUCAAGCUUGAUAUGAAAUGUGCAGCUCUAACAACUCAUAAAAUCGGGGUUUUAGAAGAGAAAAUGACGGGUAGAGUAACUGAGUUGCACCAUUUCACCCACCCCCAUAAACUUGUCCUUACCAAUUGUAAUGACCCUAACCAUAAAAGAGAAUGCAACAUUUGUAGAUUGCAAAUCUUAGGUCCAGCCUAUUUUUGCCCUGAGAGCUGCACGUAUAUACUUCAUGAAUCUUGCCUUAGGUUGCCACAAAAGAUUCGAGUCCCAUUUCAUCCAAAUCACAUGUUGGUUGGUCGCCUGCUCCCUACUCGUCAACGGUGUUAUGCUUGCACUUUGGAAUUACUCUCAGAUGACUUUGUAUAUAGCUGCGAACAUUGUGACUUUAACCUCCAUGCUAUAUGUGCUAAUUCCUUAAGGCGACCAUUGAAAUGUGAAUUUCACCUGAAUGUUCUUUAUUAUUUUGGGAGAAAUCAUAAAUCACUCUUUGAUUCAAUAUGGCGUGGAAAUUUCCAUUGUGCAGUAUGUGAUGGAAGUUAUGAAGAAGAGCCCUUUUAUCGUUGUCUAAAGUGUGAUAUCAAAUUUCAUUUGAAAUGUGUUCGUAUACCAUAUACUGUGAAAUCCAAAUAUCAUAUUCAUCCUUUAAUCUUAAAGGAUUCUUUUAUAGAAGAUGAUUCUGGAAAGUAUUACUGUGAUUUUUGUGAGGAAGAAAGAAAUCCAAAUGAUGAUAUAUACUAUUGUGAAGAAUGUAAUGGUCAAACAAUCGCUCACAUAGAAUGCGUGUUGGCUCAAGUAGAGGAUAACAUAGAGAUUAGGAAGAACAUUCACGAAGAGCGUUUCCGAGAAGAGCUGGAAAAUUUGGUUGCCAGGUUCAUGAAGUUUCUUUCAAAUGAAUGUAGACCACCUAUUGAGGAAGUGAUUCAAGCCGGAGUGGUUCCUCGCUUUGUUGAGUUACUUGGUUCCCCAAGUGAUUAUGUCCGUGAGCAGGCUGUCCUGGUAUUGGGAAAUAUUGCUGCUGUUUCUCUUGGAUGUCGUGAUCUUGUCCUUGGACAUGGCGCUUUGCUUCCAUUGUUGGCUUUGUUGAAUGAACCUGUUUCACGUUCUAUGCUGAGAAAUGCUACAUGGACACUGUCAAGGUUUUGUAAGCCCCCCUUUGAUCAGGUUAAGCUUGUACUCCCUACAUUAGCCCGUCUUAUUCAUUCAAAAGAUGAAGUCGUCUUAGCUAAAGCAUGUAGGGCACUCUCAUAUCUUUCUGAUGGCACAAAUGACAAAAUCCAAGCUGUUAUUGAAGCAGGUGUACUUGGGCGUCUGGUGGAACUUUUAAUGCACCCUUCUCCUUCAGUGUUAACUUCUGCUCUUUAUACAGUUAGAAAUAUUGUUACUGGAGAUGAUGUGCAAACUCAGUGUGUCAUAAGUCAUCAGGCAUUGCCAUGCCUUUCAAAACUUUUGACAAAUAAUUAUGAAAAAAGCAUCAAGGUGGUUGCUUGCUGGAUAAUCUCAAAUAUCACAGCAAGAAAUGAAGAGCAGAUACAGGCUAUAAUUGAAGCUAAUAUUAUUGCUCCUCUAGUUCAUUUGCUUCAAAAUGCUGAAAUGGAUAUUAGAAAACAAGCUGGAAAAGCCAUCUCAAAUGCUGCAUCUGGUGGGACUCAUGAUCAGAUCAGAUUCCUUGUAAGUCAAGGGUGCAUCAAGCCAUUGUGUGAUCUUCUCUACUACGCCGAUCCAGAGGUUGUUAAAGUUUGCUUACAAGGGCUUGAAAACAUUCUCAAGGUAGGAGAAGCUGAUAAAAAUAUGGGCAUUACUGGAGGAGUGAAUCUCUAUGCACAAAUGAUUAAUGCUGCAAAAGGUCGAGAGAGUAUAGAGUAUUUAUGGUAUGAUUACAAGAAGGAGAUUUAUGAGAAGACUCUGAAAAUUCUCAAGCUUCUCAAACAGAGUUCCAUUUUGCAGGGGUGAACUAUCUGUUUCUUCCAAGGGAUUCAUUGAAGAUCUUAAGAUAUUAGUAAUCAAGACUUAUUCUAAUCUUGUGAAUAAAAACGAUGGACCAAAUAAUUAUAUUUAUGGCGUUGAAUUCUUUAUAAUUAUUGUGUGGCAACCAAUCACAGCUUUAAUUAUUGAAAUCACAAAGUUAAGAUUAAAAAUA